CGUAAUACGUUGAACAUUACCUCCCCUGAAUGGCCGUCGUUACACUAAAAACUACCAGCAAUGGCGAAUGUACGGUCAACUUUGAACCAUUCCUAUUCUACAGAUGAUUGUUUAGGAAUUGGAGCGACUUGUGAAGUUUACAAAGGUAUCUCUAAGUCAGGCGACAUCCGGGCAUUGAAGGUGUUCGGGCCGAGGACAGAUGGCGACAUUGGCCGGGAGAUACAAGCUUUGAAGCAGCUGGAUCACAGAAACAUCAUCAAAUACUACGGCUGUGAGGAGGAGAUCGGGUCCAGACGCUUGGUGGUGGUCACAGAGUUCUGUGAUGGAGGGAGUCUGCUGGACCAUCUCAACAGACCCGAGAACGCCUAUGGACUGGAUGAGGAGGAAUACCUGCUGUUGCUCCGUCAUCUCGUGGAUGGCAUGAAGCACUACCGCGAGAAGGGAUUCAUUCACAGAGACAUCAAGCCGGCCAAUAUCCUCCGAUGCAUAUCCGAGGACGGAAGCUCUCUGUACAAACUAUCAGAUUUUGGUACGGCAAAGCCAUUGAUGCCGGACGAAUGUUUCCAGUCUCUUGUGGGAACGGAAGAAUACUUGCACCCAGAUAUUUACAAAGCUGCCUUCCUGGAGAGGGGCCGGGACCGCCAGUUCGACCAGUCUGUCGACCUGUGGAGCCUUGGGGCCACACUGUAUCACUCCGCCACUGGCCGCGUGCCCUUCCGGCCCCACCACGGCAGGGCCGACAAACUGACUAUGUUUGAGAUGAUUGCUAAGAAGCCUGCUGGGGUGAUCUCAGGGGUUCAGACCAAACACCGCGGUGAGAUCAGAUGGUGUGAUGAACUUCCCACUACAUGCCCCAUGUCACAGUCCUUCAAGAAACGCAUGGCAUCUAUGAUCGUGUGUCUCAUGGAGGCCGACACAAAGAAGAUGUGGACGUUUGAGGACUUUUUCCAGGACGCAGAGGGCAUUCUGAAGAAGGAAGCCAUCGUAGUUCUCAGCCCCACCUCUUUCGUCAGCCCCUUCUGUAGGCUCUACAUAAACGCCUCGCAGAGUGUCCGCGACACCCAGAAGGAGCUGGAGCGUCAGACAGGGGUGUUGGUGACGGAGCAGCUGCUGAUGCUGGAGGAUGUGCUGUUGACGGAAAUGGUGAAGGAGACGGACAGCAUCCAGGAGCUCCGCAGGACGAGCCAGGAGGAACCUGUCAUACUCCUACCAGGCAGGACGCGGCAUGACGACACGCGGGACGUGGACCCCGUGCUAGCAGAGAUUGAGGACGACACGACCAGGUUUUCGUCCUCGGCUGGUCAACCGGAUGUAGAUUUCAAGCAUGCCAAGCGUCUCAUGGAACACGUGGCGCUCAUACACAGACACAGUCACGUGACGUCACUAGCCCAGAGACACUUCAUUGGCGUGAGACGGAGACUGAGGAGGAAGCAGAAAGACCGGGAAGACAGUGUCGGUAACAAACACAGCUAUGUCUCCGAUCUGUUCGAGCACGUCAAUUAUCUAGCCACGACCUUGGUCGGUCGUCAGGGGCCAUCAGUCGCCAGUGGCAGCAUCAUGCAAACAGUUGAUAAGAUACGGGCGGACUUGGAGGUAUGUGGAGGCUCGCUGGCUGCACACAGCUACGCCAAAAGUGAUGACGUCAGUCUGGAGGCGCAUGCGUGGUGCUUCGAAAACUGUUCAUGCGAAAGGAAAUAUCUGCGUUGGUUCGACAGAGCGAAAGACAUCGUGCCACACUUUUAUGAAAGACGGAAGAAAAGGACGUUUGGCAGACUGGAUGAGAGGGUGCACCAGAUUGAAAAGGCCCAACUUCAACAAAUUCACAACAUGGCAAGGGAACAUUGGACCUCACAUUGUGUCCCCAAGAACAAGUUUUUACAGGACAGUUUCCACCAAUGGGCGAAGAAUUAUUACGAAACUGAAGACCGACUCCAGACUGUGGACAACAAGCUUGAGGACAUCCAGAAGGCGUUGGCUGCAUUGUCCAGACAGAUAGCUGACUCACAGAAAUCACAAAUGUCCUUAUCGAGUUUCUCUGAUUCUGUCCGGCAGAAGUCUCUGUCUAUAGACAAGGGGGUGAAAGAGGAGUUGUCCAAAACCAAGGAGAUGAAAGCGAUUGUGCUGGAUUUCAAGAACAAGUACUACGAAGUACUGAGUGACCUUGAACCACCAGUUGAAAUUGACCUUCAUGGUAUACACUAGGAACUACGGAGGCCUAUGGGUGGUGACCAGUAGAAGCCCUGAACGACACUUUCCAGCAGAACUCGUUUACUGUGAUAGUCAUUGGUUGAGAUUCAACUAGACAAAACUUUAUUCAUGUAUAUUUUAUCCUUGUUUUCAAAAGUCCCGAAACUGCGGAUAAUUUACUUUCUGCCUCAGGAAUCAGUUAUGAUUUUUUUUGGAAAGGAGUUCCGAAAUCAUCAAAAUAUUAUUUAGGGACUGAUCAUGAACUGUAAGGGGUAGCGGGGUUGGGGGGUGGGAGUUGUUUGGACUGUAUCAUGUUUUGCCCACCACCACCCAUGUUGUAAUAAAAUUUGACGUAAAUUGUAAUACGCAUAUUGUAA